CAAUCCAUACCCGCCGACGUCCCAGGAUACCUCACGUACGAACAGUACAAACAGGUCGAGGAACGCUGGAUAGCCGGUCUCAACCCUCGUAAACGAGGACGCUGCCUCAUCGAUCAACAAACCUUCGACACCAUCUGGGACGUCCUCGAAGACCCCGAAAAUCAAAGUAUCUCGAACGCUCAAACCCGCUGGUGGAUCCGAAAGAUGUUCACGUUCAGUUACCCUCAGACUACACUCGCUCGUGCAUCUCCAUCCAUCCCUACGUCCAACCUCGCCGCGAACCCGCACGCGCUCGAUCCUAUCGUCGUGCACGAUAAGAAGCCUCUGGCGAUCAAGGAGCAUAUGUAUCAGAUCCUGUGCAGCUGUCAUGCGAUGUGUGGGCAUGGGGGGAGAGACAGGACCUGUGCGGUGAUUAGGGAGCAUUGGGCUUGGAUACCCAAGGAGCUCGUGGCGUUGUUUGUCAGGAAUUGUCCGACUUGCUUGGUCAAGAAGACGGGCAAUCCGGAUUUUGGGGUG